AUGCCCGCACUCUCCAUCCCCGCCUUCGGUGCGGCCCUGGGGGUGGGGGUGCAGCUGUAUGUGAACGCCGUGCGCAAGCUGCCGCUGAUGCGCGAUCCCUGGCUCCACGUGCUGUGGGGCGGCGCGGGCUACAGCUUCGGCACCUGGCUGGUGGGCUUUGAGCGGCGGACGGAGAAGGACCUGGCAGAGAUGCUGAGAAAGCGGGACGAGGCCAACAAGAACUUGCAAUGA